AAAUAACACUCAGUCUCUCUACAGGAAGUUAUAUCAAGUUAUUACCUGUAGGUAAACAUAACAAAACAGAACAAAACUAAGUCUUUAUCUGAACCUCAUAUUGAACGACAGCCAUGAGUAACAUCAUAGGUAUAUCACCAUUGCAAUAUGUUCACGUUUUGGACAUGAAUUCCAACAUUACAAGAGUGGAGACUGGUCCACAAACUGUAGUCUUGGAUGCCAAUGAAAGACUGGUUGCCGGCCCACUUACUAUGAUUGUUAUACCACCAGUCCAUUUUUGUAUGAUUAAAAAUCCUAUGUCUAAAUAUGUACCGGGAAAAGUGUGUGAGUUGAGACUGGGUCAGUUUGAUGUCAGGUUCCAUGCUGAGCCAUUUUGUUUAUAUCCCGGUGAGGAGUUGGUUGGGGCAGAGAGCUAUGGUAAGGGCAGUUCAGAUUACAAAGCAGCUAUCAGAGCACAGCCGGUCAUCCAAGCUGACCAUGCCAUACGACUUACUGCAGUCCUCGAUCACACAGACACAGAUGGUGUUAAGAGAAAGGCUGGUGAUAUCUGGCAGAUAGAGGGACCAUUGAUGUACUUUCCUACACCGAAUGCUGAAAUAGUACGUAUAGUUGCUCCAGACAUUAUCAGGGCUGAUCAGGCAAUGAGGCUGAAGGCUUUACAGGAUUUCACUGACAAAACUGGAAGGAAGCGUGUUACAGGUGAAGAGUGGUAUGUGAAUAAGCCAGGGGCAUAUCUCACUGGAGUUAAUGAAGAAGUUGUCUCUUUGGAAGAAAGAAGAACUCUGACAUUGGACACAGGUCUCAAGCUGAGAGCUUCACAAACUUUCACAGAUGAUAAUGGAGUAAAAAGACUGGCAGGAGAGCAGUGGUUAUUGACAGGGGAGGAACAAGACGAAUAUUACCCACAGAUUGGUGUAGAAGUUGUGUCAGUCGAGAAGCGGGUUGUCUUGGCACAGGGUCAGUAUUGUGUUGUACUUGACCCAGUGGACACAGACUUCAAGCCCCAGCUGGGCAAGCGUGAACUCAGGAAGGGCUGUUGCUCCUUUUUUCUACAUCCAGGUGAGCGACUAGAACAGGGUAUACAGAACAGUUUUGUUCUCUCAGAAGAUGAGGCUAUUGUUUUGUUGGCCACAGAGGCAUUUAAAGACACAACCCAGAAGGGCAAGAAGGUUUUACGUAAAUGUGGUGAAAAAUGGAUGAUCAAUGGACCAGUUGAGUAUAUUCCCCCCAUUGAAGUGAAUGUUAUAGACAAAAGGAAGCAGAUACCAAUGAGCAAGAAUGAAGGAAUUUAUGUACAGGAUACACAGACUGGCAGGGUCAGAGCUGUGAUGGGACCAAAGUCAUACAUGUUGCAGUCUCAUGAACUUCUCUGGAAGAAAGAACUGGACGCUAUUGUAGAAGAAAUGCUUAAACAUGGUGGAGGUUCAGGGUCAGGAGAUAUCAGGAAGAUUGCUUAUUUUGAACAGUCAAUAGACCCACAGUUUCUCAAGGGUCGGGAUAAGACGAGGGUUGUACAGUAUAGAUGCCCAGGCAACACGGCCGUCCAGGUGAACAACUAUUUGGAUAAAACAGCACGGGUUGUAUUUGGUCCUGACCUGGUUAUCCUCGGGCCACAUGAGAACUUCAGUGUUCUUAGUCUCAGUGCUGGAAAACCCAAAGUUUCCAAUGCAAUGAAAUCAUUAUGUCUGAUGUUGGGUCCUGACUUCAUUACAGAUAUAAUAGAGGUUGAGACAUCUGACCAUGCCAGGCUGAAGUUGAAGGUUGCUUUUAACAACCAUUUUGAGUAUGAGAGAGGUAACAAAGAAAGUGAAUCAAAAGUUUUUGCUGUACCAGAUUUUAUUGGGUUUGCAUGUCGACAGAUAGGAAGUAGGAUUCGAGCAGCAGUAGCGUUGAUACCAUUCGAUGAAUUCCAUCGUCAUUCUGCACAAGUCAUACAACAAGCUGUGUUCAGAGAUCCAAUAACUGGUGCAACCAACACGUCUCUCAAAUUUGAUGCAAACAAUCUGGUAAUCUCGUCCAUUGAUAUACAAAGUAUAGAGCCAGUGGACAGAAAGAUGAGCGACAGUUUAACCAAGUCUAUACAGCUAGCCAUUGAGAUUUCAACAAACUCCCUCGAAGCUGCAGCUCUGCAUGAGGCAUUGAGAACAGAACAGGAGGCUAAAGGUCAUCUUGAGAGGCAGAAACUGACCAAUGAGAAAGAGUCGGAGAGGGAAAGAUGUAAACUGCUUGAACUUCGGUCUGUCACUGCUGCUGUGGAAUCAACUGGACAAGCUACGGCAGAGGCGCAGGCCCAGGCCGAGAGGGUACUCAUUGAAUGUGAAAGUGAAAUAGAAGCUGCAAGAUUGAAAGCAAAGGCCUUGGCAAUAGAGCACUAUGCUAAACUGGAAGCACAAAAUAUGGCAAAGAAAGGUGAGCUGACUUUUGUGAAGAAUCAGAUAGCUUUGGAGCUACAAAAAGAGAAAGCCUUGGCAAAUAUUGAAGUGAAUAGAUUUUCUGAUAUGGUCAGUGCCCUUGGAGCAGACACCCUUGCUGCUAUAGCAACUGCUGGACCAGAUACACAGGUGAAACUGUUAUCCAGUCUGGGACUGGAGUCCACGUUGAUUACAGAUGGGAACAGUCCUAUCAACUUAUUCAUGACAGCACAGGGACUCGUACAAACACAACAGUGAAAUUCAUGAGACUAUGCAACACAUUCCUGAUGUAACAGAUAAUACAAGUAAUGACAUUUACUAUGAAAAUGGUUACAUGGACCGAUUAGAGUAGAAAGUCAUAACAUACUACUUCUGCCGAAUAAUUAAACUUCAUGUACAUUAGUUUGUCAUGUUUCUUUGUUUAUAUUACACCUGUUUACCUGAUAAGCACAGAACUUUACUUGUUACAAAUUUAUAUUGCUGAAAAAGAUAAACUCAUGACCUUGAUGAAUAUGCCAUUAUUCAUAAACGUAAAUUCAUCAUUGAAUGAUUUCAUUCUGUUUUAAACAAAUUGAAUUAAGCUUAUACAUUAACAAGUAUCUUUGAAAUUCAGCAUCAUAGAUUCACAAACAUGUACGUUAUUGUGCAAUUUAAACCUUAUAAUAACUCAUUAUCACAUGCUGAUCCUUUAUACUAGGAGUAAUUAAAUUAGUCUUUUAUUUUCCACUAUACUUAAUUUGAAUGAAGAAAUAAACCACUUAAAACUCUGAAUUCUGUACCAGGGUACAUAUUUGUCAACAUUUUAAGUUUUUACUGUUGACUUGGGGACUUUUUACAUGAAAAAUUUUCCUUUUUCUUUGUAAUUGAUGUUACUGCAGAUUGUAUUGAAACUUUGCAUGAAUGUACAUUAUACAGCUACAGCUUUAAGCAAAAUUUCAUCAUGUUUAAUUCUCUAUAAACUAAGUUGGUACUUGCAUAUUUGCUGUUCUUAAGUAUCAAAUUUCAGACUUUAAACAUGGACGAAUACAGGCUCAGAAGUUUAAUAUGUAAAAUGUUACAGUGAUGGAGUGAUCUGUAUUAUCUUGAAAAGUAAAUUUAUUUUGUUCUCGAAUUUCAGUGCAUUAUACAUAUCUGUCUACGAAUAUAAAUCUAUACAUACAAAUGCAGUUAAUUGUUAUUUAGUUAUGUACAUUUUGUGUUAAUUGUUACAUGUACAUGUAUAUUUUAAGUUACUUGUUCCACACAAAAUGUACAUUUUUGUUGCUUUGAUUGAAUCAUUGAUCAAAUUCAUGUGAUAGUGUUGUUUUCUCAUAGUAGAAUGUUGAUAUUAUUUAUUAAUGUUAUUUUAUAUUCACUUUAUCACUUUUUUUUUUUUUUUUCUAUAUUGUUUUCUACUUUUACAUAUCUGGUCAAUUAUACUAUGUAUUGAUAAAAUACAAAAAAAAAAAACAAUAUUGUCUGUUUAGCAUAUUGUGUUAUAGAAAUUUUUCCAUGACUAAAUUUAAAAAUUAAAUGCCAUGUAAAGAUCCUCUGCAAGUAUUAGUAAGUUUUCUGAAUGAGAGACUGUUUAGACUGUUCCCGUUUUUAUCGUCAAACAAUGGAAAAAAAAUGUUAAUUUUUUUUUACCUUAUGUUCUAGAUUUAUUUUACUAAAUUAUGAUUUUUCAGACAGUCAUAGGACGUCAGGGGACAGGGUACGGACAUAAUUUU